AUGAUUCGCGCCGGCCGCGGAAUCGCAGUUGUUCUCCGCAAAAGUCGAGUUUGUGGGCUCAAAUCACUACAGGUUUAAUUGUAUCCUAUUAUUCUCUUGUUAUGAAAAGUACACAAAGCUUUUCAUUUAGAUCGACUGAGAAAAACAAUUUUUUUACAUUGCCAAACUUCAUUUUUCGAAUAGACUGUAAAAUCAAUCAAAAUUUUUAUCUUACCUUGAAAAAAUCCGACUCGACUCAAAAUGAGAGAAGUCUAAAUUUUGACCACCAGGACCGAUUUCAUAAAAAAUCACAAAGUAAUAAAGUUUUUCCAGGUCCGAAAAGCCUCCUCAAUCAUUACGCCCUACCACAGACUAAGUCCCAUCACAUCUGUUGGAAACGUCCCAAUCGGCGACUCAAACGGCAAUUUUUCGUAAGUUUAAAAGUCUUCAAAAUGGAAAAGCUACAGUUUCAAGUCAUUCCAGAACCAAAACAAGACAAAAACACACAGUUUUGAACACUCGAGGGGAUUUGAAAAAUGCGCAAAGGAUUGUGGUGAAACUGGGAAGUGCGGUUAUCACAAGAGAAGAUGAGUGCGGUCUCGCCUUGGGCCGUCUUGCUUCUAUCGUUGAACAGGUAUUUUCUAUAUUCAAAUUUUGAUUCAGCAGAAAGUAGGUUUUGAAGUGAAAAGUCACCUAGAUCGAUGUUUUGAAAUUUUUAAAAGGAAAAGAAAAAAGAAGAAGUUAUUGAACUAUCGGUAGCAAAAGGGUGACUUUGAAGUUUUCAUGAAAGUUCAUGAUUCUAAAAGUUUUUGUACAAUGUUUAACAGAAAAACGGGCUGCGGUUCCUAUCUAGGUUCUGAACGUUGCUUUUUAAUGCCAUUCCUAAGCUUUCGAAAUGCCGACAGGCGGAAAUCGUUUAGGGUCGGACGCUUCAUGCAAAUAAUCGCCUUGCAGCUUUCUUUUUAUCUUUCUAUGAAAUUAACGUUGUGAAUUAACUAUAUUCGAUUAUGUCUUUUUUUAGUUUUUUUACCAUCAAACUAUUGACAUUCAUUGUUUUUUAAACUUCUAAACUUUUUUUGAAUCAAAAAGUCGAAAUAGAGAAAAAUUAAAAAAAGGAUUUUUUUCAAAAAGAUUAUCCAAUAAUGGCAUGCAAACCAUUUUUCGAUGAACUUCCUGUUGAAAGAAGUCCAAGAUUUUGUCCGUAGAAUUUUUUGAAUAAAACCAAACUAGACUGAACUUGCUUUCUGAAGUUUUCAAAGCUCGUCAGAAACCUAAAAUAUCUUCAAGCGUGAUAUAUUUAAUCUUCUCAACCCUAAUCCUAUUCUGAAGCAGAUCUGCGUAAAACUAGAGUGAGAGUUAAAGUUUAUCUUCUUGUUUUGCUACUCCUCCAAAAAUCUGCGUAAUAAAAGAAACCCAACCGAACCACGUUGUUUCAAGCUUUAAUCUUGGUGUGACGACACGAAAACUAGCUUCUAAUCCGGUUUCAAAGCAAAUGCGGAAGCAGAUUAGGUUGUAAGGUUUCACGCUUCGACUCCUACGCUUUAUUUCAGCGAAAUACACUUUUUUGGGAAAGGGGUUACUAAUAUUAAUACUCAAACAAGCCAUAGUGUUUCCGCAAUCUUGAAUUAGAUUUGCCGACGUAAAUUUUCUUGCAAAUGCGAACAAUAUUUAUAAACUUGAGUAGGAGGAAAAAACAAAGUUUUAUGAAUGGGGGUUGUAGAAAUUCCCUCGAUUUGCUUAUUUCAUAAAGUUUUAAGAAGAAAGAAUUCAUUUUUUUAUUCUUAAAAAUGUGGAAAAAGUUAUUUUUAGAACCAAAAAAUGAUUCCAUCUUUUUUUAUGGAAGAUCUCCUGGAAAUUAAUAAGUGCUAUCAAGAGAAAACUCUGGAAAAGGUUUUUGUUAAAUAUAUUGAAGAAAAUAGAUUUUUGGAAAAAUAACUUUGCUGUUUCGAAGCUGAAAUCCUACUAUUUCCCAAAUUCAGGUCUCCGUCCUGCAACAAUCCGGCAGACAGAUGCUGAUGGUCUCAUCUGGCGCCGUCGCUUUUGGAAGACAGAAACUCCGUCAGGAACUUGUUAUGAGCAUGAGCAUGAGGCAAACGCUCCGGUCAGUACUUCUGACCUUUCUGGACACCUUUUUUUUCGUAUCCUUUGAAAAAGAAGACCUUUUUCAGAGGUCCUUCUGGAAUGCAAGCUGAUAAGAGAGCUUGUGCCGCUUCUGGGAUGCCAGGUCUCAUGUCUCUUUAUGAGCAACUCUUCCAGCAGUAUGGCAUCACGGUUGCUCAGGUUAGCUAACGAUUGAUUGCAACUCAAAUACUUCGCAAACCUUUCAAUAAGGGACAAAAGAAAUUCCGCAGCUAGAAAAUAUGAUGCAAAUAAAUACCGAGAAGUUUUUUCGUUUUUUUUUCCCAAUUUUAUUUUUACUUUGUUCUGGGGGCUUUUCACAAUCUUCACGAUUUUAAAACACAAAAGUUAAAUAGAGUCUCAUACUACACUACGAAAAAAAGUGCAAAGAGCUCUGGUAGCUUGAAUGAGGAAUCUCGAAAAUAAACGUCUAAAGUAGACUACACUGCCUUCUUUUCAUAGUUUAGAAAGGAAGUGAUAGCAGAGAUUUGAUCUAGAGAGUGGGAGCUCGAAGAUUAAAGGUCCCUUUUCUUUCUACGUUUCAUUUUUUGAGACUUUAUGAUCAUGGCAGAUCAUAAAGUCUCAAAAAAUGACAUAAACCCAAAAAGUUCUCAUGAUAAAAUUUUCAAUUAAAAAAAAAGCGAAGCAACCGGAAAGUUUAGAAAAGUCCCAAUGAAAAUCUGCCUGUUUCAGGUUCUUCUGACUAAGCCAGAUAUCGAUGACCCACAGAGACGCAAGAACCUUCAAGCCACUAUUGAAAGCCUUCUUUCCCUUAACAUCAUUCCAAUCGUCAAUGCCAACGACGCCGUGGCUCCAGAUCCAAAACUCAACAUGGUAAUUUCAUCACGCACUACUUUUCCAUUCAGCUUGAAAGGUGUAGAAUGCAAAAAAAUUGUGAAAACAUAGCCUUCAAUAAUAAUUUUGUCUAGGUUUUCUAAGAUCCUUGUGAAAAUUCUGUUUUUUACCGAUGAAUUUACACCUAAUUCGGGUGGGGAAAAUUACAGUACAAAUUCCAACAGAAGCCUCGUUAUCUUGACACUUUCAGCACAUUUCUGAUAACGACUCGCUCGCCGCAAGACUUUCGGCCGAAAUCGAAGCCGAACUCCUUAUCAUCCUCUCAAAUGUCAAUGGUGUUUACACAGGUGAUUGGUCAAGAAUACUUCUGUUUUCAUUGAGUUUCAAUUUGAUUUUUGAGGUCCUCCUGAUCUUGAAGGGUCUCGGCUUCUUCAUACCUAUGUGCCGACUGAGAAUUCUGGAGUCGCUUUUGGAGCCAACAGCAAGUUCGGCACUGGCGGCAUGGAGAGCAAGGUAAAGGGAAUAGUAUAAUAAUCGCGAAUACGAGAAAAAUUGGCGAGAACCAAACAAUGUGGAAAAAUGGGGAAAAAUCAAGGGGAAGGUUCUUUUAACGCGCGAUGUGUAACCGAGAUUUAAUUUAAUCCCUCAUGAAAAAAUAUUUGGAAAUAUUUGAUACAAAAUAAGAUAAGAAAUAAGAUUCUAAAAACCCAAUUUCAACUUUGAAUUUGAUUUCUUUGGAACUUCCGCCUUUUCCGUUCUGAAUUUAGUUUGAUCACGUUGGUCUUGUUACUUUGGAGUCACGUUCCUCCUAAAUGACCGUUUAUGGCGGGAUUUCCUCCCCGUAGAGCUAAUUAGAGCUUAGCGUAAUGGCUUAAUUUCACGGGGGUCUCGUGGAUAUUUUGGGCGGUACCUCAUGAAUUCAGAAUUUUAUGAAUUUUUCGAGGGGGAGACAGCUUAAGUAAAAAAAUCAAUCUUUGAAUAUACGAAAAUAUUGACGAUUUCGAAAAAAAAUUCUCAAAGAAGCAAAGGGAGAACUUCGAAGUUUUCGACUGCAAAUACUUCUUCCUUAAAGGCAUAGGGGCAGUAAAAAACGGUGUUUCAGUUCAAAGCAGUAAUUUGUAGAGCUUUUCAUUGCGAAUCGAACGGUGAACUUGGAAACGUACAUUAGUUCCUAGUUUUGAAGAAAAAAUAAUUCAAAGUCGGAGAAAGGAAAGCUUGAGUUCCCGCGAAAAGGGCACUUUGCAGUAAAGUUGCUCUAUGGACAACAGGCUUCGCCACUUUUCGCAUUUUCGCUUUUUUCUUCGUUUCUUUCAAAUUUUAAUUUUUUCUGUUGUCACCAAAGUUCUUUUUGUCACAAAAUCUUUAUAUUCAUGUUAAAUUUGCAAACUUUGAUCGCAAAAAUGCUUCUCUUGUGAAAAAUGAUGAUUUUACACAGGUUUCGAUGGGGAUAGCGAUAUUUUGUGUUUUCUUUAUUAUCAAUGUGUGUUUUCUGUUUUCUUAAUUGAUUUUUCAGAGAAGAAACCCUUAAUUUGAAGCAGAUAUCCGGUUAUUUCUCCCAAAAUGCGAGUCUAAUGAGACGUCCGCAACAUCGCGUGCACGGCUACUGUAAACAUUUGUCUGUAUACCGAUCCAAAGCUUUUUUCAAAAUUAAAGGCGGGAAAGUAAAAUCGCGUUUUUUUUCUAAAGUUGUCACAUCUGUAAUUUUUUUGAGUACACCAUUCGAUUCGCAAAGAAAAACUGUAUAAGAUACCGCUUUCACCUGAAACCCCAUUUUUUACUGCCCCUAUGCCUUUAACGAAAAACUAAAAAUUUCAGGUCAAUGCUUGCGUGCACGCCCUGGAAAAUGGUGUGACAACUGUGAUCACAAACGGUCUGACUCAAAAUGCCAUUACUGACGCUGUGGCUGGAAAGAAAAUGGGAACGAUGUUCUGCAGAACUCAUCGAUAUGAGGGACCCCCAAUCGAGGAAGUCGCCACAAAAUGUACUUUUUCUGGUGAAAAAAUACAGAAUUAUUCGUAAUUUGAGGCCGUGACUCUGGCCGACAGCUGGCUGCUCUUUCCAACAAGGAGAGAUCGGCCAUGGUCCGACAUUUGGCGGGUUUGUUGGUGGCUCGGGAACAAGAUAUCAUGGAAGCGAAUCGAUUGGAUCUUAACAAUGCUAAGGCUAAUGGUGAGUAAGCAAUAGAAUUUGGAAAAUCAACGUUCAAGAGGAAAAUCUAACAAGUUUUGAAACCUUCCUUCAUUAUCAAUUCUGAAGUUUUCGAUAGUCAUGAGAUAUUUAAAAUAUUCCCCAAAAAAAACUUUUUUUAUUUAAGCUUCCUAUGAUUUAUCAAAGUUUUUCAAAUACAUUUUUUUAAAAUUAUGUAGAUUUUGUUAGAAUUGUAGAAAUAUCGUCAUUUUUCUUAAAAAUCCUCCAUUCAUUAACUUCUAGGCCUCGAGCCUCAACUCUUGAACCGCCUAAAAAUGACAAAAGCCAAGCUUGCUGACCUUCACAGCGGACUCAAUAUGAUUGCUGAGUCUGCAGAAACCCUUAUUGGUAGAGUUCUCAGAAAGGUAAAACAAAAAGAGAAGUUAAACAGUAAAUUUGAAAUUUUCUCAGGUCAAAGUCUCCAAUGAUUUGUACUUGGAACAAGUCACAGUGCCGAUUGGCAGUCUCAUGGUUAUUUUCGAAUCUCGUCCAGAUUGCCUGCCUCAGGUCAUUUUUCGUUAUUUCCUCACGAUUCAACGGUUGAAUUUUAGGUUGCCUCACUUGCAAUGGCAUCUGGAAAUUCUCUCCUUCUCAAGGGAGGGAAAGAAGCUGAAGAGAGCAACAGAAUGUUGCACAGCAUUGUUCAAGUGAGUCAUGGUGAUGAUUGCUCAGAAUAAUUAGAGGAUUAUUUUAGGAAGCUCUCGGAACACAUGGAUAUGAUAUGAGAGACGCUGUCACUUUGGUCAGGAACCGUGAAGACGUUGCAGAACUCUUGCAGCUCAAGGUGUCUAUUUAUAAAUUAUAAUAGUUUUGUUUGCACUUUUGUCUAGUCAUCUCGGAAGUGUCAGUUUCAGAGUCCAAAACGGAUGUUUUGAACGAGUUUCAAACUAUAAGCGGAAGGAACUUUUUAAAAAUGUAAAUGACGUGAAUUUUUCUAUCAACAGGUGUUGAAAAAAAGUUUCAAAUUAAAAUUAAUUCUACUUUUUUCAAAAUAUUUUGGCUCAAAGGUGGAACUCGACGAAAUUCAAGAAAAAUCUCUUUGUGCUGUGAUCUGGGCACUCCGAAGGGCACCUUAGCAAAAUUUUGCCAAACAUAAAGUUUGAUCUUUUAGACUUUUGUUCUGAAAAACUAAUUUUUGAGAGGAAACUUUUUAACAACGUCUCCAUAAUCCCAUUGGAGUUAUAAAAUUUUUAAUUUUUUUGAAAUCCCCCAAGAGGUCAUCGUCCGGUAGAGAAAGUCCGGUAGCCAUUUUGGACCUUGAUAAUUGACUAAUUUAAAGCAUUUUUGAUUUUUACUGAAAGAGAAGACUUUGAAGCAAAGUUUUCAAUGCAGCUUGCUCCAAAAAAAGAUUUUUUUCAGGAAAAUGAAACAAAUUUCAGGAUCUCAUUGACCUGGUCAUUCCACGAGGAUCUUCGGAUCUCGUCCGAACAAUGCAAGAAAAAAGCAAAGGAAUUCCUGUUUUGGGACAUGCCGAGGGCGUCUGUCAUGUCUACAUCGAUAAAGACUGCGAUGAGCAGGUCAGUCAUUUCCUAACGUUUUUUUAACAAAUUUCCAAACUCCAUCCUGUUCCUCCUGUCUUCUGCAGCAACACAUUUCGUGACAUCAAAGGAAGUCGUUUCAUAAACAAUUUUUUCGAACUAAACUAAGCACUAAGCAAGGGAAAUUUCAAAUUCUUGUUUUCUUUUAAAAGUACUUUCAAAAGAAGGCAAGAGAAAAUAAACUUGAAGUACAAAGUUUUAAUUGAGGAAAUUUGUAUGCUAACGUUUUCGAAAGAACGAUGCAGCCCGAAAAUUCAACCAUUGGGGAACUUUCGUAGCUUUUAGGGGUUCCUUAUUAUUUUCAGAUGAAGAUUUCUGAUUUUUUAAACUUGAAGAAAACAAGAUAGAAAAAAACUGAGUUUUAAGAAGUUCGUGAUGAAGAGAAGGAAACUUCAAUCUACCUGAGCUUUAAUUCGUCUUUCAAUAUGCAUGCCGGACUCAAAACGGUUUAGGCAUGAGAUAGUCAGAAAACUUCUAGAAAAUACUUCAUGUAAAGUCGGCUGUUAAUUAAUUAUUAGAGCCACACGAACGUGAGUCUUUGAGCCGUUCCCCGUGUGGUCAAGACAUGUCAAAUUGUGUGAAAGCAACUUUUUCACAUUUCUUAGCAUUAGAAAGCGUUUUUUUAAAACCAAUAUUUUCAUCCUCACUUGAGUGCUCGCACAAUUUUAUUUUGCAGUUGCGUGAUGAAAAUAUAAACUAUGAUAUCCCUAAAAAGAAAGUAUAACUAAAUACCAAGAUAUUUUUCAGAUGGCUAUCGAAAUCGUCCGAGAUUCCAAGUGCGACUACCCAUCAGCUUGCAAUGCCGUUGAAACCAUCUUGAUCCACAAAGAUUUGGCCACGACUCCGUUCUUCGACCAACUUUGCGCCAUGUUUAAGGUGGGACAUUUUCUCAUUUUUGACUUUUAAUCAUUUUAAACUUAAUUAGAUGUUAAUCUCUCAUUAAAAGUUUUUCAGACUGAAGGAGUGAAACUUCAUGCCGGACCUAAACUGACUUCUCUUCUUAAAUUCGCUCCACCACCAGCAGAGAGUUUGAGCUUUGAGUAUGGAGCUCUGGAAUGCACUCUCGAGGUUUUUGAAGCGGAAAAUAUGAAUCUUUGACAAUUUGCGGAAGUUCAGGUCGUUGACAACGUUGAAGAAGCCGAGGCACACAUUAUUCGAUAUGGCUCUGGUCACACUGAGAGCAUCAUCACUAACAAUAGUGAGUUCAAACUUGAUUCAAAAUUACUCAUUUCUGAAUUUAGAUGACGUUGCUGAGCACUUCUUGAAGCACGUUGAAAGUGCCUGCGCCUUCCACAACGCUUCUACGAGAUUUGCUGACGGCUACCGAUUCGGGCUUGGUUAGUUUUUUCGUUUUUCAAAUUAUCAGCCUUUUUCGAGUCAUCAUAGUAAGAUUAAAUGAAAUAAUUUGAAGAUAUAUAACAGUUCGUAAAGGUACAGAUUUUUUCACUAAUGUGUUAACAAUACAUUUUUUUAGCCAUUUCAUCUUACAGGAGCCGAAGUUGGAAUUUCAACUGGAAGAAUCCACGCCAGAGGUCCGGUCGGAGUUGAAGGACUUUUGACGACAAAAUGGGUCCUGCGAGGAGACGGUCAUUGUGUGCGUGACUUCAAGGAGGUGAGAAUUGUUUAAAAAAUUCAAAAAAAAAAUCACAAUUAACUUGAGUCAGGCAUUAUAAAUAUUGAGAAAUACGCUAAUUUUCAUGCUUUCGAAGGAAAAUGUUUCGCAAAAAAAGUUUCGAGACAACUUUUAGGAAAAAAGUAAAUGUUUUCAUGACUUUUUCAUCAUUUUGGUCAAAGAUCUCGUUGACUUAAAAAAGUGCGGAUUGGAGAAAUCGUAGAAAGACAAUUUUGGUCGUAAAGCAAUUGAACGUUUCCAGCUUUCAUUCUCAAUUUUAAGGCCUCUGUGAAUGGAGUCUAAAUAAAGAUGUGAAUAUAUUUCUGCUUGGAUUUUCUCUUUUCAUCAAUAUACUUCAGAACGGCAAAUUCUCCUACAUCCACGAACUGAUCAACCCUCAAGAAGUCUAUCGUCAGCUUGAAGUUCCAAAAGCGAGCCUCGCCUGAAUUAACUUAUCCUGUACCCUCACAAAUGUAUCUGGUCUAUUUAAAUCUUUGUAUACUUGCCAAGCUCCAAUUAAUUUAUUUUUGGUGUCAUUAUUUGUAAUAAAUGAACGGUUUCUCAAUUGUUGGAUUUUUGAGAAAGAAGUGAAUGCUGACUGAUUCAUCGCGCAAAUAGAAAUCGUUUUUCGGAUACGUUUGAGAAGAUCGCCUUGGCUUGGUAGAUGUUGACUUUGCCAACCUUUGGCCUCGGUCAUUGAUAUAAAGGAAGGAAGUUUGAGAGCUUUCGCGUCAUUUUAUGAUUCGGUUCUUUGGUUAUCAUACAAUGUUCAGAUUUUCCUAUUUUCGGUGGUUUUCAGAAGGUCAGAAGCUGAACAUUGCUUCAAAAAUAGGCUUUUCAAAGUAGGACUAGGAGCUUCUUCUAUCCGUCUCGACAAUUGAAAAAAUUUUUCAAAGGGCUUCAUACGAUUAAAAAAAACCGUUUUUCAUAUUUUCUGUAACACUAUGAAACCUUUCUAUUUUUUUAUUUUCUCAGAAAUGCGUAGAAUCGGAAAACUCGAGUUUUCUGAACCUAUAAUGUAGAAUAAUCCAUACUUUCAUUAACCAUCAUUUCUUGCCUUUUUUUAAGACUAUAACUUCAAAAAAACGGUCAUUUCUUAGCUUUCUUGCACUUCUCUACCAAAUAAAAAGUCUGAAGAUGAAUUUUUAAAAUAAAAUUCACCGGUCAAUUAGUGUCCAAAACUAGUAGAAAUGUCUCAAAUAUUCAAAUUAUCUUCCAAUCAUUUUUACACCAUGAUAUUCCAGGCAUGCAAGAGAAAUUCGUCAUCAUCUUUUUGCUAUCCUUCCUCUUCGGAACUCAAGCUGAUGGGGACAUGUGCUCGAUAAAUAACAAUGACCUUCGACGAGCUCUUUCUCUCUUCACCGACCCCAUUUGCAGCGCGUGGUGCCAAAUAAGGGUAGGCAUACAUUGAAAAAAACUUCAUUUUCGAAUCUUAGGAGAGAAUGAAAAAAAACUCAAAGGAUUGCGGUGUGAACAUGAGAAUUACAAUGAGAAGGAGAACAGCUUUCAUGUUUUGCGUCUUCGGAAAUUGGUGCAAAACACUAGGAAACAUAAAUAUUUGCCUUGGACCGAUUUUCGAGCUUCUUGGUGUUCACAAGCAGGCGGUGGCGAAAAAAAAAAUAUUGCUCAUUUUGAACCAAAACUUGGAAAAAAUAAACAUUGCGGUCAAAAAUAACUUUUUUUUUGAUUUAUUUUCAAAUAAAAUAAAAAAAAACCACAAACUCAGAAGAACUGUAAUUUUACGGCAAAGUUUCGGUUUAGAAAAGCAUAAAUUUUCAUUUCGUUUUGAGCAUCAUAUAAUUUUAUUCAAACCUAUCGAAAACACUGUCAUACGCAACAUAUAAAAAUUUUGGUACCUGCUGAAUUUUUUAUUCCAAGUUAUAGUCAAAUAACCAAAUGGGCACAAUUUUUUAGCCAGCAGUGUACCUUGAGUUCAAAAAAGGUAGAAGUGAAAUUAGCGUCAUUUCUGAGACCUCUCUAUAAAACAUUUUCUGAUGGAUUACACACUUUGUAACUGAACUUCAGGCGUGUGGCGCUGGAGCGUGUCGACCGGUCUCCGAAAUCAACGGAAAUAGAAACAUCCGAUGCGUCUGCGAGCAGUGCGGCAAUAACUAUGAGAGCGUUUCCUACCCGAACAGCAACGACAACGAUAACUUUUACAACCGAGGAAACGAUCAGUACAACUCUGGAAACGAUUAUAACUCUCGGAACCCCAAUAAUAACUACCCUUCAAACUAUAGAGGAGGUUCUCAAAAACUCGAUCAGUCCCCAGAUGACAUGAUGGAACAAUUCUUCACCCCUUUGACCUAUGAACGUCAAGCAGGUUAUGAUGACCGAAAUAACUGA